GAAGGGGGUUAACUUGUGUGCCGGUAUCCUACAGAAGAGCCAUGUUGUGUGUGCAUGUGCCUUCUGUGCUCGGGACCAAGGAUGACCGCCCCCUGGAAAAUGAGGGGCUCCAAAACUACACCUGGGCUCAUACCCUGUACCACUGUUUAAUGGCUUUGUGAUCUGAGGAAGUUAACUUAUCUGGGCUGUAGAUUUCUCAGAAAAUAAAGAUAUCUUCUGCAUAGAGUUGAGAAGAUAAAACUAGUAAAGUACUUGGAAAAGUUUUUAACAGCUACUAAGCACCGCCUUAGUGUUUAUUCGAAGGAAGGCUGAAGUUUUUUAACUUGUGUGAAAUUAGGACACAAGAGGUCUUCCUCCGGCCUCUAGGCCUGUGAAGCCAGGCAGAGACCUUACUUGAUGGGCUGAGCAGGGGUCGGUAGGGUCGAAGAGGCGGGUUUCCUAAUGAAAGGGUUGGGAGGAGGUGAAUGGCAUGGGAUUCCAUGAUCUUGAGACUAGAUUUAGGGUGGAGAGUGCCAGACGGAGGGCCGCGGGUCCUAGGUACCAGUUUAUCCCACUGAAGUUUGCAGUGAGGCAAGAAGCCAAACGCUUUGCGGGAAGGGCGGGGAAGUUGAAAACGGUUCCGUCCUGUUUGCUCUCUCCGCCCUCGGGGAGUGAGUGAAGCGGUCCGCCGUCGAAUUUCCUCCGGCACCCCCGCCGCCAGUCCCGCGCGCGUUCCCGGCGAACGUCCGUUCCGGGUUUGCGGGCGAUUAGAAGGGACCGGAAGAGGCGGGGCCGCGAGGCGAGCGCGCCUCUGUGCGCCUGCGUGAAACGUUAGCUUGGAGUGUGGUGUCCGAACCUUAGCCUCGGCGUGCACGUGGAGUGCCGCGCCGCUUACCGAGGAGGUCUCUCGUGCCUGGACCCUUUUUCAGUGCUAUGGGGCGCAAGUUGGACCCUACGAAGAAGGAGAAGCGCGGGCCAGGCCGUAAGGCCCGGAAACAGAAGGGUGCCGAGACCGAACUCGCAAGGUUCUUGCCUGCAGCUGGUGAUGAAAAUUCUAAGAGGCUGUCUAGUCGUGCUCGAAAAAGGGCAGCCAAGAGGAAGUUGGGUUCUGCUGAAGCCCUUGAGACGCAGAAGUUCCCUGGGGCCAAACCAUUGCCUGGAAAGCUACCCAAAGGAAUCUCUGGAGGAGCUGUCCAGACCCCCAGAAAGAUGGGAGCCCAGUCCUUAUUUCAUGCUACUCAAGGCAAGAAGCGUCCAGCACCAGCCCAUAGCAGCGAGGAGGAAGGGGAGGAGGAAGACUCUGAAGAGGAUGGUGUGCUGAACCAGGGAGACCUCUGGGGCUCCGAGGACAGUGAUGCCGAUAUGAUCGAUGACUAUGGUGCUGACUCCGACUUGGAGGACGAGGAUGAAGGUGAAGAGCUGCUGCCCAUUGAGAGGGCUGCUCAGAAGCAAAAGGCCCAGGAAGCUGUGGCUGGGGGCCAGUGGAGUGAGGAGGAGACUGAGGAGGAGGAGGAAGAGGAGAAAAGGUCGCCUGAGUCAGGCCCCCAAAAGGAUGAUGAGACAGAUGGGGGCUUACAGAUCAAUGUGGAUGAGGAGGAGCCCUUUGUGCUGCCCCCUGCUGGGGAGAUGGAGCAGGAUGCCCAGGCUUCAGACUUGCAACGAAUUCACAAGCGCAUCCAGGAUAUAGUGGGAGUGCUGCGUGAUUUUGGGACUCAGCGGGAGGAAGGUCGGUCUCGUUCUGAGUAUCUGCACCGGCUUCAGAAGGAUCUGGCCACUUACUACUCCUAUGGAGACUUCCUGCUUGGCAAGCUCAUGGACCUCUUCCCUCUGUCUGAGCUGGUGGAGUUCUUAGAAGCUAAUGAGGUGCCUCGGCCCAUCACCCUCAGGACCAAUACCUUGAAAACCCGGCGCCGAGACCUUGCUCAGGCGCUAAUUAAUCGUGGAGUUAACCUGGAUCCCCUGGGCAAGUGGUCAAAGACUGGACUGGUGGUAUAUGAUUCUUCUGUGCCCAUUGGUGCUACCCCUGAGUACCUGGCUGGGCACUAUAUGCUUCAGGGAGCCUCCAGUAUGCUGCCGGUCAUGGCCUUGGCGCCCCAGGAGCAUGAGCGGAUCCUGGACAUGUGUUGUGCCCCUGGAGGAAAAACUAGCUACAUAGCCCAGCUGAUGAAGAACACAGGUGUGAUUCUUGCCAACGAUGCCAAUGCUGAGCGGCUCAAGAGUGUCGUGGGAAAUCUGCACCGGUUGGGAGUCACCAAUACCGUCAUCAGCCACUACGAUGGGCGCCAGUUUCCCAAGGUGGUGGGGGGCUUUGACCGAGUACUUUUGGAUGCUCCCUGUAGUGGCACUGGGGUCAUCUCCAAAGACCCAGCUGUGAAGACUAACAAGGAUGAGAAGGACAUCUUGCGCUGUGCUCACCUUCAGAAGGAGUUGCUCCUGAGUGCUAUUGACUCUGUCAAUGCCACGUCCAAGACAGGAGGCUACCUAGUCUACUGCACCUGUUCCAUCAUGGUGGAAGAGAAUGAGUGGGUGGUAGACUAUGCCCUGAAAAAGAGGAACGUGCGGUUGGUGCCCACAGGUCUAGACUUUGGCCAGGAGGGUUUUACUCGCUUUCGAGAAAGGCGCUUCCACCCCACCCUGCGUUCUACCCGCCGCUUCUACCCUCACACCCACAAUAUGGAUGGUUUCUUUAUUGCCAAGUUCAAGAAAUUCUCUAAUUCUAUCCCCCAGUCCCAAACAGGUAAGCAGUCUGCUCUUUCUGCCCUUCAUCACCACCUUUGCUCUUUUCUACCUUUCAGGAGGCAUCUGACUGCAGGGAAGGGAGGGACUUCUGCCUCCCUUAGCCUUUGCAUGCUUGGAUGAGCGGCCUCUUUCAUCCCAAUUAGAAUCGUUCCUGAGCCUGGACCCCAUUUUAGUACAUGUGAAAGCACUCGUACAGAUGGGGACCGUUUUGCUUGAUUCUGCCAAGUGGCUGCAGUCUUUAAGCACUAAAUGCAUUCCCAAUGCAGUUGUGGUUUCUUUUCCUUCUUGGCCGAAGGCUGCCUUCCUGGUAACGGACCUCUGCUGGUCCAGCAUUGUCAGCAUCGGGUUGGCACAAGACUAUUCGGAACCAUCAGCAGUUCUCUGAGCCCAUCACACUAAUUGCAGAUCUUUUUCUCAGCCAUCUUGAGUCUGGCCUGGAUCUCCGGAAGGGUGGGGUUUUCUGGAACAGGCGUGGUGGUUCUGCAUGCUGGGAUAGAACGCUGGGUUUAGUUGGAAGAGGGAGAGGCGAGUUUCUCUGAAUACAAACUGUGACUUAC